CGCGCUAUAGGUAUAAUGCAUUUCUCAGUUAAGUGUAAAUGAAAGCGCUCAUAUGAGGACCGGAAAAGUUGUGCUGCACCUUACAAACCCCACACACAACUCAAAGUAUCACCCAUGUGACUGAGUACUCGGGUUAUUUCCUGGCCACCGUGGCCAACUUUUGUCAGAGGGUGGAGUUCAAUGAGUCGAAUAUACAUCACUGCAGCAAAUUAAGAAUCGCUGUCAUCGGGUUCCUCACAAAUCUCAUCAUGUCCACGGCGUUCAGGUCUUGCUUUGUGCUCAUCGGCUUCAUAUUGGCGUACAUCACGUAUUUGCUGUUGGGAGCGCUUGUUUUCUCUGCCAUCGAGCGGCCCGUCGAAGAGACCCUGAAAUCAGACCUGAACUCACUGAAAGCCGAGUUACUCAACCUGAGCUGCAUCAACGCCACGGCUCUCGAAACUUUCUUGGAAAAAGUUUUGCAAGCGAAUAAAUACGGCGUGUCGGUCCUUGAAAAUGCCACCGUCCGGACAAACUGGGAUUUGGCGUCUUCUCUGUUCUUUGCAAACACGAUGGUCACGACAGUGGGAUACGGCCACACAACGCCGCUCUCUGAUGUGGGUAAAGCUUUCUCCAUCGUGUAUGCUUUGAUUGGAGUGCCCUUCACCAUGCUAGUGCUCACAGCCUGUGUCCAGCGCCUCAUGCAUCCUCUGACCUACGGGCCAAUCUCCAUGUGCCAGCGGAGGGCAGGCCUGCAGCAACGCACCGCCAGUGUGGUGCACUUUAUCGUACUGCUGGUCCUGGUGGUGCUCGGCUUCUUUGUGGUGCCUGCGCUGGUGUUCAGUACCAUAGAAGAAACCUGGUCUUUCUUAGACUCCUUCUACUUUUGUUUCAUCUCACUCUGCACUAUAGGACUGGGAGACUUUGUGCCAGCAGAAAAGCCAGGACAGAGACUAAGAGCUUUGUACAAGAUUUCAGUCAUGGUCUACCUGUUUGUGGGAUUGAUGAUCAUGUUCCUGGUCCUUCGUACUUUCCACAAGCUUGCAGAUGUGCACGGCUGGACUGCUUUCUUCCAGCUGCCAAGCUACGAGGAGGAAGAUGAGGAUAAAGAACCAAUAAUAGAACAAGAGCCUGACGAUGAAUCACCUGAGGCUGAGAAGGCCUCAAUUAAGCCUCUGGAUCCCAGCUGUCAAGUGUCCUACAACUCCAUCAAUGGAUAAAACACCAGAUCUCUCCACAUUCAGAUAAGGUCACUUAUUUUCACAGUGUCCUGCACUUGUAAAUUGUCUGGACAUGUAACACCAACACGUUGCAAUUUAUCACCCCAAAGGUCAAGACAAUCGAGUAUGAAUAUGUGCAAUACAAUACGCCUCACUGUUGGACAGAACCGCUUCUGAUGCUUUGUAGGAACGAAGCAUCUGAGCAGAAUAUUUUCAUGAACCAAAUAACUUUAUUUUUACUUUUUUUCUGUUUGGAGUUGCCAAAUCUGAUCUUCAAGACUAUAGGGAUGUUGACAUUGCUUUAGGAAGUGGAAAACUUGCUCAUUGUGUCCAAAGUGUGAAUCUUCUUUAGUGUUGUUUUGUGUAGGAUUCGUAACUGAUGAUGCUUUUCAGAAUUUUUUUGUUGCAUGGACCAAGACUGCUCUGGAUCAUAGAAACAGGAAGAGAAUGCUGCUGCUUGCCACCCGUUCAAUACUCUGUUAUUCAGUGAGUUUGAAAUGAAUUGUUUUCAUAGCUAGUUAAUGGUGGUUCUCGAUGUCCAGUCAUGUGGAGAACUUCAGAUGCACUUUAUAAUUGGCUUUUUAUUUAGGUUUGUGCAACCAUUGGACAGCCAGUGAUUAUACUGGACACAAUCUCUUUGUCUUUAUUGUAGUACUGUACGUUCUUUAAAUAUUCUUUGUAUCAUUGCGAUUGUAUAUUCAAUGUUGGAUGGUAGGGAACAAAAAGGUCUCUGAUGUUCACAGUCAGAAGAACAAAAUGUGUUUUAAGAUGUGCAUGCACAGAAAAAUACAAUUUUGUUUUGGUAUUUUGUGACUUGAUGCAUUUGCAUGGGCAGGUGUGAUGAAAUAUAAGUCUGUGUAGCUGUGGAGUUAAAGGAAGUUUGUACUUUACACACCCUGUUUUAUCGCUCUCUUUAAAUAGGUUUCAUAAAAAGCUGUAAUAAACGUGUCAGUAUAUAGAUACAUUUAAAUAACCUACCACUCAAUCAAAAUAAUCCUUCUCUUCUAUAAGCGGAAUAAAGUUCCCUUUUGAACGUCUCCCC